GUAAACUAUUCAGGAGAUAAUUGAUGUAUAUUAUUAAGUGAUUAUAACAACAAAGGGAUAGUAUGGAGAAAACAGAAUACUUACAAAUUGUAUGGAGCCUUAAUUUAUUCAAGCCAGUCGGGGAGAUACGAGUUUUCGAAUGUCACUAGUUUCACUUUUUCAAAGAAAUUACAACUGUUUAUAAGUACACGCUACCGAAUCUAGCUUUCUAGUAGUAUUUUUUCAUAAAUGGAACACGUGAAAAUUUAUCCCGAAGAAUAUUCGAGGCCCUUGCGUGUACUAAUGGGGAUAUUGGCGCAAGCCAAUGUGAAUUUCUUCGACAAUAAUCAGUCGUGGUUUACGAGAUAUUGGAAAUAUUUUUACCUUAUCCCGUUUUUGAUCGUCCAUUUCGUUAGCAUGAGCACGUCGAUCUUGGCAGAAUUGAUGGCGGGAAGGGACCUGUAUGGAUUCUUGUCGUUGCCUGUGUUCAUCAUUACUAUUCAAGCGGUUAUUAAAAUAAUAAUAAUCUUGUCGAACAAACGACAACUGGAGCACAUAAUAGACGAGCUGGGGCAGCUCUGGAGAACUGAAGGUCUCAACAAAAAACAACAAUCUGUGAAGAAGGCGAAGGCAAGAGAAAUGCGAAUCGGAGUUAUUGCGUACCUGCGCUUCCCUUUCUUCGUGUCCUUUCAGUACACGUUACUACCGCUGCUGGAGGCGGUCUUCAAUGUGGUGCGCGGGCGCAGCGCGGAGUGGCGGCUGCCCUUCAGCGCAGAGUUCGGCUUCGACGUCAACAGCCAUUGGUCGCUCUAUGCUGUCACUUACGCCUACCAGGUUUAUUUCAUACUGCUGACUUCAUGCGUGUACCUGGGAACAGAUUUCUUGACUAUCGCCCUGAGCGCUCACCUGAGCCGAGAGUUCUUGCUGUUACGACAGGACCUGACAAACAUACAGCCAACGAGAGUUGCUAGUGACAAUAAUUCACGUGGAAGAAUUCUUGGAUUUGUUAGGAGCCAUCAAAAAAUAAUCAGGUUUGCGGCGUCACAGAUGAAGAUGAGAAAGAGAGAGAGUGUGUGUAUUUAUUUCAGAUUAGCCCAGAAACUGGACGAAGCUAUAAACAAACUAACCUUUAUCAAUGUAUUGUUUACCACAGUGAACGUUAGCUUCUUCGGCCUUUCUGUUUUGGCUUCAAAGCGAACGACAGACAGACUAACCAACGUGACGAUCGUAUUGACUGUUCUGAUGCUGAUAUUGAUACAGUGUUACUUCGGGGAGAAACUAAAGACUGGGAGUGAAGAUAUAUUUCAAGCAGCAUGCGAGAACCAAUGGUAUGAAGGUGAUAUAGAAUACCAGAAAUUUCUAUAUUUUAUCAUGUUGAGAUCACAAAAGCCAUGCUACUUAACUUCACUGACAUUCACGAAAAUAACUCUGGAAACUUUUACAAAGGUGCUGAGCACGACGUGGUCAUAUUUCUCCCUGGUCAACACCAUGUAUCAACGUCAGAAAUAGAAAUCACUGCUUUAUAAGCAGACACGGAUUAUAUAAGAUGAAUAGCAACC